UUGAGAACAAAAAUAUCUGGGAACAAACAACCUCAUCCUAUCCAAAAACCAGUUCCAAACAUCCUUGCAGAAAAACACAGUUGAAAAUCCAACCUUCAAAACACAAUACUCAAAUCUGAUGACAUUUUGUGGGAAUUCACAUCAGCCAUGGAUUUCAAUGCUGGAAUUUCCUCCACAUUUCAAAACCCAGAAGGACAUUGAUCAGCUCCAUGGGAGAUUGCUAACCACCGGCCUCAUUAAAAAUCCUUCCUUCACCAGAAAAUUAGUCCUCAAAUUCUUGAAUUCCCCGCAUCAUCCCGUUGUAGAAUUCGCCAAUUACGUCUUCUUCUCGCACCACGCCUUGAAGAACUCGCGUAAUAAAUCUGACCCCUUUAUUUGGAACUCAGUUAUCAAGUCGUUUUCUAAUGGGAACCACCCUGAAAAGGCUCUGAAAAUGUUUGUGUUGAUGCUUGAGAAUGGGGUUUUAGUUGAUGAGUACUCUUUUUCCUUGGUUUUGAAAGCAUCUUCGAAAAUGGGGUUGCUUGAUUCCGGGAUGCAGCUUCAUGGGCUGCUGAAGAAAUGCCAAUUUGGGUCUGAUCGAUUUCUGAAUAAUUGCUUGAUGUCCAUGUAUGCAAAAUGCGGCCAUGUUGAACGCAGUCGCGUUAUAUUUGAUUCAAUGCUUGAAAAAGACUCUGUUUCGUAUAAUUCGAUGCUUGAUGGGUAUUUAAAAUAUGGGAUGAUUGAUUUGGCGCGUGAAUUGUUUGAUAUUCUGCCUUCUGAUAUGAGGAAUUUGAUAACAUGGAACACUAUGCUUGGGGGAUAUGUGAAGUUAGAGGAUGGUUUUCAGUCAGCAUGGGAUAUGUUUGAGAGAAUGCCUGAGAGAGAUGUGGUUUCAUGGAAUAUGAUGAUUGAUUGCAGCGUAAAGAAUGGGAAAAUGAAGCUAGCUCAAGCUUUGUUUGAUGACAUGCCGGAAAGUGAUAUUGCCAGUUGGGCUAUCAUGAUUGAUGGGUACACAACAAGUGGCUGUGUGGAUGUUGCCAGGGUUUUAUUCGAUAACAUGCCGGCAAGGGAUGUGAUUUCUUGUAAUUCAAUGAUGACAGGGUAUUUAAGGAACGGGUCUCCCGUAGAAGCAUUGAAAAUAUAUCAUGAUAUGUUGAGUAACACUGAUUUACCUCCUGAUACUGCUACUAUGUUGAUUGCUCUUUCAGCAAGUGCCCAAUUGGGUAACCUGAAAGAGGGUGUUGCUUUACACAGCUAUAUCAGGGAUAACGGCUUCGUCGUGUCUGGAAAACUUGGAGUUGCUUUGAUAGAUAUGUAUGCAAAGUGCGGAAAUAUAGAGUGCGCCAUGAAGGUAUUUGAUGGCAUAAAUAUGAGAAGCAUUGAUCAUUGGAAUGCCAUGAUUGGUGGAUUGGCUAUUCAUGGCUCGGGUGAACUAGCUUUUGAUAUAUUCAUGGAGAUGGAGAAGCUCUCGAUAAAGCCAGAUGAUAUCACCUUCAUCGCCGUGCUAAAUGCUUGUGGCCAUGCUGGAUUGGUUAAGGAGGGUAUGAUCUGUUUUGAGAUUUUGAGAAGAGUUCACAAGGUGAAUCCAAAAGUGCAACACUACGGGUGCAUCAUAGAUAUUCUCAGCCGGUCUGGGCGUAUUGAAGAAGCCAGACAGUUUGUGGAGGAAAUGCCCAUUGAGCCAAAUUCUGUCAUUUUGCGUACAUUGUUAGGUGCUUGCAACAAUCAUGAAAACCUAAGGGUCGGCGAGCCAAUUGCGCAGCAUCUGAUCAGUUCAAAUUCAUGUAACUCCAGCUCCUCCUAUAUUCUUCUUUCCAAUAUGUACGCUCAAUAUGGCUUUUGGGACAGCGUCCGGAAUGUCAGGACAACAAUGAAAGAAAAAGACCUGAAGAAAUUUCCCGGAUGCAGUUCAAUUGAACUUGAGGGAAUGAUGCACGAGUUCUAUGUGGGAGAUACAUCACAUCAUCUAGUUGAGGAGAUAUAUUCAACGUUGUAUUGAUCAGCCACUGAAGCUAAAAGGUCCCUGUGUGUUUUUGAAGUCAUCAAUAACUUGGAUUCUGAUUUCAUUGGGAAAAGAUACUAGACGAGGCUCAUCAUUUGGAAUCUCCAACAAUGGCAUAUACCCAGCUCCAGUCCAGACAGCCAGGAGUUGUUUCUCGUGGAUGCAUCAUACAAGCACAAUGACCUCGCUAGGAAUCGGAGGUUAUUUUCCUCUUUUCCCUGUACAAAAUGUAAAACAGCCUGUAAAUUCAAAAGUAAUGCUAGAUAAUAACGAUAGAAUCUCCUCUGAUGGCGAUUAGUUCAUGUAUAUAUCAAAUGCUUCACAAUCAUUUCCAGAGAAGUGAAGAAAGUGUAGUUAUACUGAUUUCCUAGACGAUGUUUGAUAUUUACUUAUUUAAGCGUCUUGCAUUUUGCUAAGACGGAUGAACUCCC